AUGAUAACGUAUAUUUCUACAGAAGACAUUUAUUGCCUGAAUGCUGAUGGCGCUCUUUACGAUGCUGCUGUUGCUGCCUUUUCGAAUUUGCAAAUUCCAGUUGUUGCUCUGAACGACAACGGAAGAAUAGUUUCCAUCAGUGGAGAAGAAGAGAAGAAUGCAUCUAUCACCAUGAAAGAAGCAGUGAACAAGGAGAAGAGAAAACUCACGCACAAGAACAUCCCUUUCUCUUUAACUUGCAAACUCCACAAGAAGUAUAUUCUAGCAGACCCAACAGCUGAAGAAGAAUCCAUCAUGGACACUCUCGUGACUGUUGUUUUGGACUCUUCGGAUCAAAUUGUUGCUUUCAAUAAAUCAGGAGGAAACGCCCUUGCUGGUUCAUCAGCCAUCAAUCAAGCAAGGAAGAGAGGAAAGGAGCUUAAGCAGAUACUGGCAGAUAUGGAUAUCGACUGA